GAACUAGAGAAGAAAAGAAAAGAAAACUCAACAAACAGGCUAUAUAGAAAACUGUACAUAAAUAUAACACUUUCCCGUAACAAUAUUACUCUCUCUCUCUCUCAUCUCGACCGUCGAUCCAGCACAGGUUUUCACGGUUCUCUCUCCGCUGUCUCCGUCACACCCCAACCACCACCACCACCACCACCACCGUCAACCCCCACCCCCACACACUCCUUCCAACUUCUAUCCAUCUAACGCCGCCGUGGAUCUGACCAGAUCCAAUCCGCUCUACAAUGGAAGAAGCUCUCGAAAUGGCACGCUCAAAGGACACGAAAGAGAGAAUGGCCGGAGUAGAGAGACUUCACGAACUUCUAGAAGCUUCUAGAAAGAGUUUAACCUCCACUGAAGUCACAUCUCUUGUCGAUUGCUGCUUAGAUCUCUUGAAAGACAACAAUUUUAGGGUUUCGCAAGGAGGUUUACAGGCGCUUGACUCUGCUGCCGUUUUGUCUGGUGAACACUUGAAGCUUCAUUUUAAUGCGCUUGUUCCGGCUACUGUUGAGCGCCUUGGAGACGCUAAGCAGCCGGUUCGUGAUGCCGCCAGGCGUUUGUUGCUUACUCUCAUGCAGGUCUCUUCUCCAACUCUUAUUGUUGAAAGAGCUGGUUCUAAUGCUUGGAAUCACAAAAGCUGGAGAGUUAGAGAAGAGUUUGCAAAAACUGUCACAUCUGCCAUUGGUUUAUUUGCAUCUACAGAGCUACCCUUGCAACGUGCGAUUCUUCCUUCUAUAUUAAAGAUGUUAUAUGACCCUAAUCCAGGUGUGAGAGAAGCCGCUAUUUUGUGCAUCGAGGAGAUGUAUGCUCAAAUUGGGCCUCAGUUCCGCGAAGAACUCAUGCGCCAUCAGCUUCCGUCAUCAAUGGUAAAGGAUAUUAACGCCCGACUUGAAAGAAUUGAACCAAAACAACGUUCCGCAGAUAUCCGAGUUAAUACUUAUGCUCCUGCUGCUGUCAAGCUUUCUAAUCAUAAUCCCAAAAGAAGCAGCCCAAAGGCCAAGACAUCCUCUCGUGAAGUGUCCCUUUUUGGAGGGGAAUCUGAUAUUACGGAAAAGCCCAUAGACCCAAUCAAAGUGUAUACAGAAAAGGAAUUAAUCCGUGAGUUCGAAAAGAUCGCUUCAACUCUUGUUCCCGAGAAAGAUUGGUCCCUCCGCAUUGGAGCCCUGCAAAGGGUUGAAGGCCUUGUUCUUGGAGGUGCAACUGAUUAUCCAUCUUUUCGCGGACUUUUAAAGCAGCUUGUUGGUCCUCUAACUACUCAGUUGGCUGAUAGAAGAUCUAGCAUAGUUAAGCAGGCUUGUCACUUAUUGAACUUUCUAUCCAAAGAGCUGUUAGGAGAUUUUGAGUCAUUUGCAGAGAUUUUCAUACCUGCUCUUUUCAAACUUGUCGUGAUAACCGUACUUGUAAUUGCAGAAUCUUCGGAUAACUGCAUAAAAACGAUGUUGCGUAACUGUAAAGUUGCUCGAAUACUUCCUCGUGUGGCUGAAACUGCAAAACAUGACCGGAGUUCAAUACUCCGUGCGAGAUGCUGUGAAUAUGCAUUGUUGAUACUCGAAUAUUGGGCUGAUGCACCUGAGAUACAACGGUCGGCCGACCUUUAUGAAGACCUUAUCAAAUGUUGUGUGGGAGAUGCAAUGAGCGAGGUGCGUUCAACCGCUAGAGCAUGCUACCGUAUGUUCUCAAAAACAUGGCCCGAGCGUUCCCGCCGCUUAUUUUCAUCGUUCGAUCCCGUCAUUCAAAGGAUAAUAAAUGAAGAGGAUGGUGGCAUUCACCGGCGGCAUGCGUCACCAUCACUUCGUGACAGGAACCCACAAACAUCGGUCAGUACUCAUAAUUCAUCUUCUUCAAAUCUAGCUGGAUAUGGUACUUCAGCCAUUGUUGCAAUGGACAGAAACGCAAGUUUACCAUCGGUAACCUCUCACUCAUCCGGCCUUUAUUCUUCGCAAUCAAAGCCUGCUAACAAGAGUACAGAACGUAGCUUAGAAAGCAUGUUGCAUUCUAGCAAACAAAAGGUUACAGCCAUUGAAAGCAUGCUUAGAGGUCUAGAUUCCGGUAGAGUUAGAUCAUCAAGUCUUGAUCUAGGAGUAGACCCACCUUCAUCUCGUGACCCGCCAUUCCCGCUUGCUGCUCCUGCUUCAAAUAGUCUCGCCAGUUCACUAUCAUUAGACUCGACCGCUUCUGGUAUUACGAAACCUAACAAUCGUAGUGGCGGGUUGGUGUUGUCCGACAUCAUCACUCAGAUUCAGGCUUCACGUGAUUCCGCUAAAAGUUCGUAUCAUGGUAAUCUCAGGAAUGAAACUCUGUCAUCACUUUCAUCUUACUCAGCAAGACGAGCCCCUGAAAAACAUCUGGAAAGAAGCUCUUUUGAAGAUCAUAACGAAAUUAGAGAGGCCCGAAGAUCGGUUAAUUUGCAUACAGAUAAGCAUUAUUUAGAGACGCCUUACAGAGAUUCACACUCGCACAAUAGUCAUCAUGUACCUAAUUUUCAGAGACCAUUAUCGAGAAAAAAUGUAACCGGGAGAAUGACUUCAACCAGGAGAAGAAGCUUUGAUGAGAGUCAAUUUUCGCCUGGAGAAAUGUCAACUUAUACAGAGGGUCCCACUUCUCUUUACGAUGCUUUAAGUGAUGGUCUUAAAUCUGGUGCUGAUUGGAACGCGAAAGUUUCGGCAUUUAAUUAUCUUCGUUCAUUACUCCAGCAAGGCCCGAAAGGAGUUCAAGAAGUUACACAAAGUUUCGAAAAAGUAAUGAAGUUAUAUUUCCUACAUUUAGAUGAUCCACACCAUAAAGUGGCACAAGCAGCUCUGACAUCACUUGCUGACAUCAUCCCAGCUUGUAGAAAACCGUUUGAAAGUUACAUGGAGAGAAUAUUACCACAUGUGUUCUCUCGGUUAAUCGAUCCAAAGGAAUUAGUCAGGCAACCAUGUUCAACCGUAUUAGAAAUUGUCGGCAAAACGUAUGGCGUUGAUUCACUGCUGCCAGCUUUGCUUCGUUCUUUAGAUGAACAAAGAUCCCCUAAAGCAAAACUUGCUGUAAUCGAGUUUGCAAUCGUUUCAUUUAACAAACACGCGGUAAAUUCCGAGGGUGCUGGGAAUAUUGGGAUCUUGAAACUAUGGCUUGCUAAAUUAGCACCACUGGUUCACGACAAAAACACAAAGUUAAAGGAAACAGCUAUAACGUGUAUCAUAUCUGUUUACACUCACUUUGAUUCAACAUCUGUUUUGAAUUACAUUCUUAGUUUAUCCGUUGAAGAACAGAAUUCUUUAAGGCGAGCGCUUAAGCAACAUACACCCCGUAUAGAAGUUGACUUAAUGAAUUACCUGCAGCAGAAGAAAGACAGACAACGGUCCAAAUCAUCUUACGAUCCAUACGAUGUUGUUGGGACUUCUUCUGAAGAAGGAUAUGUUCCAGUGUCGAAAAAGACUCCUAUGUUCGGAAGGUAUUCUGGUAGUUCUGUUGAUAGUGAUGGUGGUAAGAAAUGGGUUUCGGGUCCCACCCAAGAAUUGAUCCAGAUCACUAGAGACGAUAAUUUAUAUCAGGGUCUUGAUAUUGGCUCCAAUAAUGGUGGACAUGGUUCAAAUGACAAGGAUAACGUGGCAUCAUGGUCCAUUCAAUCGGACAAUUUGGAGGGAAAUAGUAACACGGAGGUUAAUUUAAAUUCAAAUUCAACACCGCGGCUCAAUGGACUUGUGAGCUCGGAUAUCCAACUGGAUGAUUCGACAACUGAUUUGGAACUUAGCCUUUCAAAACUUGCGGCUUUAAAGAUCAAUUCAUCUCCUGAUACUAAACCGAGCAUCCCUCAAAUCCUUCAUGUAAUUUCUAAUGGUACCGAUGAAUGUUCUACGACAACCAAGCGUACUGCACUUCAGCAGUUAAUUGAUGCUUCUGCGGCCAAUGAUUCUUCCGUAUGGACCAAGUACUUUAAUCAAAUUUUGAUGGUCGUACUUGAGGUUUUGGACGACCCUGAUUCAUCGAUUCGAGAGCUUGCUCUUUCAUUAGUAGCUGAAAUGUUGAAGAACCAGAGAGAUGCCAUGGAAGAUUCUAUUGAGAUUGUAAUUGAAAAAUUAUUAAAUCUUACAAAGGACAUAAUCCCGAAGGUGUCAAAUGAAGCAGAACAUUGCUUAACUGUUAUUUUGUCUCAACACGAUCCCUUCAGAUGUUUAAGUGUUAUCGUCCCAUUAUUGGUAACCGAAGAUGAGAAAACUCUUGUUACGUGUAUCAACUGUUUGACAAAGCUUGUGGGUCGGCUUUCCCAGGAGGAACUAAUGGGCCAGUUACAAUCGUUUUUGCCUGCUCUUUUUGACGCUUUUGGUAACCAGAGUGCCGACGUUCGCAAGACGGUUGUUUUUUGUCUGGUGGAUAUCUACAUAAUGCUUGGAAAAGCGUUUUUGCCAUAUUUGGAAGGACUAAAUAGCACACAGUUGAGGUUAGUAACGAUAUAUGCAAACCGUAUAUCACAAGCAAGGACUGGGACUCCUAUCCAAGAUUAGUGGCAUGAAGAUGAAGAUAAAGAGUGUGACCUGGUAUAUUAAUUCGUUGUCAAUCUUGUAUAUUUGUAUGGUGUGUGCUGUACGUGUGCAAAGGCUUGUGGCUGGUUUUUCUUUGUGUGGCUUUAUUUUUGUCGAGUUAUUAUUUCUUUUAACACUUAGUUUUGUUGGAGUUGAGGCGAAGUGUGUGUUUCUGGUAACUUAUUACAAAGUACACUAGCGAAAUUGUAUCUUCCAGGUUUCUUGUGUCUAUAAUACAUAUUUUGGCUUCUUUUUU